UAAACCUUUCUUUCUUCCUUUUUUUCAUCCUUAACUUGUUUGAUACAAGGGAUUGACUGACCCACAGCUGGAGCUGUUGGGGAAUCUUCCAGGUGAAGACAGAAAAAGCACUGGUGCUUACGAAGCCGGAGAACCGGGCGCUCCAGGGGAAUUACCGAUGGACUGAACCGCUGGACGGAGACGGACAGCAGCGGAGGAACAAAGCUGCUCAACAGAGGAAUUAAACUUUAAGUUUUAGCAGAGAUACAUGCGACUGACCGAGCGGAGGAGCAAUAGCCAGCGGUGGGGAUUGAAAAGUGAAAAACAAAGAGACUGCUGUCAGGAUUUGGAAGCCAUCACAAGAGCCAGAGGAGACAAAGUUCGUGAAUAAGAAGAAAGGCAAAAAAGAGUGAAGAUGGGGAGAAAAAAGAUACAGAUAGCGCGGAUUAUGGAUGAACGCAACAGACAGGUUACAUUUACCAAGCGCAAGUUUGGUCUGAUGAAGAAAGCAUACGAGCUGAGUGUGCUGUGCGACUGUGAGAUCGCCCUGAUCAUCUUCAACAGCACCAACAAGCUGUUUCAGUAUGCAAGCACAGACAUGGACAAAGUCCUGCUCAAAUACACAGAGUACAACGAGCCCCAUGAGAGCAGGACCAAUUCAGACAUCGUGGACACGCUGCGUAAGAAGGGUUUAAACGGCUGUGACAGCCCCGACAUCGAGGCUGAUGACUCUGCCGGCCAGAGCCCAGAGUCAGAUGACAAAUACCGUAAAAUCAAUGAAGACAUUGAUCUGAUGAUCAGCAGACAGAGGAUUUGUCAGGCUCUGCCUCCAUCUAACUACGAUAUGGGAGUGCCCAUCCUAGGCAGUAAUCCCAGCGGGCUGCUGUACUCGCACCCUGGCGUAGGGGGCGCUCUGGGUAACCACAACCUGUUGCCCAUGUCUCACACACAUCCAUCUCUGCAGAGGAACAGCAUGUCCCCUCACCAGGCGCCCAGUGCAGGAAACACAGGUUUGAUGGGUUCAGAGCUGCCUAACACUGUCGUGUCUAGUGUCGGAAACAGCAGCUAUGGUAACCACUGCAGUUCCCCAGGGUUGAUGUCUCCAGGGGGAGUUUCUAAAAGCAUGCAGGACAAGAGCCCCCCCUCCAUGACUAUGAAUCGCAAGCCUGACCUCCGAACACUACUGCCCCCGUCCAACAAGAACAACAACAUGCCAACGAUUAACCAGAGAAUAAAUCACUCCCAGACUGCUCAGUCGCUGACGACUCCUGUCGUGUCCAUCGCGGCUCCCACCCUGCCUGGGCAGGGAAUGGGCGAGUAUCCUUCAACACUCUCCACUUCUUACGGUGCAGAGUACUCGCUUGGCGGUGACCUGUCGUCCCUGUCUGGGUUUGGAGGUUCUGGUCUUGGAUCAGUAACAAACUGGCAGCAACAACAAAUACAGAAUCUACAACACUCUGCACUCGGACACAUGGGAAACCUGUGCCAGAACUCAAACCUUAACCUCUCCUCUGGUCAUCAGAACCUCCACAUUAAGUCCGAGCCAGCCUCUCCUCCCAGAGACCGGGGCAUUGGCAUGGCCAGCACAGGACUUGGAGGCAUAACCACAGUUGGAUACUCUACCAGUCGAGGUCCAAAUGAAGCAGGCCGGUCCCCGGGUGACAGCGCAUCCAGCUGUGGAAGCUCAUAUGACGGCAGUGACGACCGUGAAGAUCAUCGCGGAAACGACAACUUCCUCCUCCGACCUCUGUCCACUCAGGAGGAUCGCCACAGUCCGUCAGUCAAGCGAAUGCGCCUAUCAGAGGGCUGGGCGACAUGAUGAGGCCCCCCGAAGGCCUGCAGCCACAGAGGGGGAGGGGGUGUUAGUUGAGUUACCUUAUAGUGUUAUUAUUAUCAUGUUUUUCUUGUACUGAGUGGGAGUGCUAUAAGUUUUCUGGUAACUUGUCUGUUGGGGGGGUAACACAAUGUGAGUCUCUAAUGACAUGUUUUAUAUGCAUACAGUGAUAUAGCACUGUAUAUACAACAUGUAGCUAGACUAGUACAUUAGAGUAAUGACUACUUGGAGAGGAGGACGUCAUUUGAGAUUGACCUUGUACCGGAUGGGCUGGAGAUAUGAGUUGUGGAACUGGGUGGCAUACACGUAUCGCUUGUUUUGUGUGUGUGUUCGGGGGGGUAUAAGUAAAGACAUAUGUUAAAAUGCACAUUUAUAAAUGUGCACAUGUAUGUAAACUAACAAAGCAAAAGCAAAGAAGUCUGGUACUCUGUAUGGUUAAGCUACUGGUGAGUAAAAUAACUUGAGAGCCAAGUGGAUUUUAGGAGCCAUGUGAACAGACAUGGGGAGGUGAACUGCUCAGUUCCAUAAGGGUGGUCUGCAAAUCCUGGCUGACUUGCAGCUGACUAGAUGUUCACCACGACGCAUGUCAUGUUGCAGGUUCAACAUAUUUGUGCACAUAUGAAUAAGGAAACUAUAUCAGGACAUAUACAGUAAAUAUGGAACUGUGGAAUGUGAUGUGGCAAAUAAGAGGGGGAAAGGGUAAGAGAAUGAUUUGGUAAUGGAGAGAGGUGAUACAGCUCUGGUGAGAGAGAAGAGAGGGAGAAAAGAAAUGGUGAGAGAGAAAGUAUUAGAGUGAGAGAUAAGGAAGUCAUUUGCAACAGGUUGCAUAGAAACGGCGGCUUGGACAAAUCAAAGAUUUCACUUGAUGUGAAGAAGUUAGUGAAAAAUUUUCAAAGCCAUUUUAACAAACUCUUAGGUUUUUGGCUGAUGCAGUCCAGAUGAACGAGACAAUUCAUUUUAUUUUCCUAUGAAAAAAAACAAGACAUUUGUGUCUUUUCUAUGUAGAAAAAAGACAGUGUGUGCUGAUAGCUUUGCAAGAUUUAGCAGUCAAAAACAAUGAGUUAGGAUUGCACUCCUAAAGCCAUAUCUGAUGGGAUGGUGAUGCUUUGCUGCACAAACAAGUGUUUUUUUUUUUGUUUGUUUGUUUCUUUAUAGUGUUAUGUUUUUAAGAAAUAUUCCUACCUUAUGAUAUCAAACAAUUCAAUGGUUAUUUUUGAAUGUCUGUGAAAUAAGAAUGCCUAUAGCUCUAUUUAAUAAAAUGACAAUAAUAUAAAAAGUAGAGACAGUAAGCACAGGUGUACAUCAUUUUCUAUUAAACAUUCAGGGAAAUUUUAGGUAAAUUUUAAGUUAUGUAAAGUAAUGUAAGUAAGAAAAAAAGCCCCCAUUGAAUAGUCUGUUUUGCUCUAUCCAUCUUUUUUAAAAAAGGCUGUUCGGCUGGUGUCAGUCCCUUUGCUGUUGUCAUAUUCAGAACAGAUUACACUGAUAACAGCCUCUCUAUUUGACCCUAAAUGGGAAUCUGUUGCACCUUCCAAGUGCAACUUGCAGGUCAUGCAGUUCUGACCACUCCCAAAAUCAUUUUGUGAUGAUUAUUAAACUGGCAUCUGUUCUUGCUGUACCUCUCCAAGGGCAUUACGAACAUCUACACUCAUCACAAACAUCUACUAAAAAUCAUGAAUGACUUGUGCCUUCUAUUGCUUGACCAUCUGAAUCUGACACCAGCCAGCCACAAAAUGAGGAUUUCACUGCACCCAGACAAUCUGGUGAAUGAUGGAACAGCUAGGGUAGCAGCAUUUCUUAGACGAGAGGAAUGAUGAGCUAUAGCAAUAGGGCUUCUGUAAAUCUCACAGACAGCAGCGGUGGCUGGGGGUUGUUCAGAUUUGAAUAUUUUGGUUAAAAACUGUAUAUUUGGAGCUCAAACCCUCAGCCACAGUCAAUGUGUGAAUGUGCCCCACCGAUAUCCAGUGAAUUCACUAUUAAAAAAUUCCUGUAGUUACUUAUCUGAGCUGUUCGUGUUAAAAAGGCAUUGCUAUUUAGUUUGCCAUGUAGCGGUUACAAAAUGAUGUCUAUUGCAAAGGGCAGAGCCCAGAUAUGUUCUAUUUUACACACUCCUUUUUAUCUGUAGGUCACUAUGGCCGUAGUCACUGGGUUUGCUGAGUUCCAGCCUACAUUUUAGACACCUGAUCAGUUCAAAGUUGUACCUUAGUUGCUUAAGGGGUAGAUGGAUAAGGGAGCUCGUCCUCAGGGUCCAGGAUUGUAGUUCUAUGUGUUGAGUUGGGAAGCUAAUAUAAAUGGGAGUGGAGGGCGGGGUAAACUAACCAAAGGUAUGUCACGAUUCUGCUUACCACUGUCUGAAAUACCCUGUUUCAUUGUAUUUUCUUUUGAUCCUUUAUUAGUAAUUGCCUGGACUUGCCUGUCAAAUCUGCAAUCUACUUGUACCUCAAAUGCUCCAAUGUACAUGCUAACUCAACGCUCUUCUGUUUAAUUUAAUUUUAACUUUUGGCGACAUGAGUGAAUGUCCUCUGUAAAUGUAAAUUUUUAAAUGACAUGACGGUAAGCCCCCUGGCUGUGUUUCCCAUCUUUUUGGUGAACUUGAAAACACUCUACUGAACAUCUAGUACUCGUAAUAACCACAAGUGAAACCGUUUGAGUUCAAGAGAAUCUAAGCGGCAUAAGCUGGCCUUUGUCGCCACUCGGAGACAAUGUUUCUCGCAAGAAAUGCACCUCUUCUGUCACUGUCAGAGAUCAUGUACAGCAGUUCCCUCACUUGGAAAUGUGGUAUUUGUAUUUUGCAGAAAAAUGUAACAAAAUAUACAGGCUCUGUUACA